AUGGCUGAGGUGGAGUGGAUACACAGACAUCCCAAGGCUGAGGACCUAAGGAUUGGGCUUAUCAGCUGGGCAGGAACCUACCUCACCUUUGAAGCAUAUAAGAAUACGAUCACAGCUACUGCAAAGAGUUUGGGCAGGAGACAGACCUGGGAGCUCUUGGUGAGCAAUGAGCAUGAGGCACAGGCUGUGGUACGAGUAAAGAGCUUGCAGGGUCUCUACCUUCUGUGUGAAGGGGAUGGCACUGUGGGCUACGGCCGGCCAAAAACCAGCCACCAUGGAUGCUUCCUACUCCGUUUCCACCGGAAUGGCAAGUGGACUCUCCAGUGCAUACUCUCUGGUCGUUAUCUGGAAUCCGAUGGUGAGGAUGUGUUCUGCAACUCCCGGGUCCUCUCAGCUUACCACAUGUGGACCCCUCGGCCAGCUCUGCAUGUCCACGUGAUCCUUUACAGCCCCAUCCAUCACAGCUAUGCCCGAGCCGACCACACCGUGGGCCGGGUCUGGGUGGAUGCAGCAAUCCCCUGCCUAGAGGAAUGUGGUUUCCUGUUGCAUUUUCAAGAUGGAUGCUACCACCUGGAGACCUGUACACACCACUUCUUGUCCCAUGUAGACCGACUUGUCCCUCAACCCUCAUCACAGACAGCUUUUCACAUGCAAGUGCGACCUGGAGGGCUUGUGGCACUGUGUGAUGGAGAAGGAGGCACAUUAUACCCACAAGGUGCACAUCUGCUCCUAAGCCUGGGCAACAGUCCCAGGAGGGGUGAAGAGUGGUUCAUCCUACAGCACCUCCCGACCUGGGUCACACUCAGGUCAAAGACUCGGAAGUUCAUCUCAGUCAUCUACGAUACAGAAGUGUGUGCUGCCUCUGAGCACUUGACCCCAAUGUCCUUGCUGACCUGGAACUGCAAUUCUCCCAAUCUUAGUCUGAAAUUGUCAGUCCUUAUUCCUAGUUUCUCUUCCUGAUAUUCUCUUCAGAGGCACCAUAGGACAUUGAUAGCUGAUGGGCACCCACUGGAGUCUGACACCUUCUUCCAUGUGCACUGGAAUUGUGGACGGAUCAUCCUACAGUCCUCCAGUGGACGCUUUCUAGGCAUUGCACCCAAUGGCCUACUGAUGGCUAAUGCCACCAUUCCAGGUCCAAAUGAGGAACUAGGGAUUCGAUUUGCCAACCGUGCCUUCCUUGUACUGCGAGGUCGGUAUGGGUACGUGGGCUCCUCCUCAGAACAUGAUCUCAUUCAGUGCAAUAUGGAUCAGCCCGACUGCAUUCAGUUACUACCCUGUCACCAGGGCAUCUACCACUUCCAGGCACAGGGUGGAUCCUUCUGGUCUAUAACAUCUUUUGGCACCUUCCGUCCUUGGGGAAAGUUUGCUCUCAACUUCUGUAUAGAACUUCAGGGGAGCAAUUUGCUCACGGUGCUGGCACCCAAUGGUUUGUACAUUCGAGGCGACAGAAGUGGCACCCUAUUGGCAGACAGCGAAGACAUUACCAAAGAAUGUAUCUGGGAAUUUUAG